CCCAGUUCCCCCACCGAGAGAGCAGCAUCCUGACUGGUCCACCAGAGUGAAGCAGAUAGCCAAGCUGUGGAGGAAGGCCAGCUCUCAGGACAGGGCUCCCUUCGUACAAAAAGCUCGUGAUAAUCGGGCGGCGCAGCGUAUCAGCAAGGUGCAGCUGUCAAACGAGCAACUCAAGCGCCAACAGCAACAGCAGCCGCAGCAACCACAUCAUCAGCCGCAACAUCAGCCGCAACAUCAGCCGCAACAUCAGCCGCAGCAGCAACAUCAGCCGCACCGCCAUCAGCAGCAACAUCAGCAGCCACUGCACCUGCAUCAGCCCUCGCAGCAGCCGCACCAUCAGCAGCAUUUACCACCACUCCCUCUACCGCUGCUUCAGGGACCUUUUGACCCUGUUUCCUUGGAGACGGAGGUAGCGUUUAAGGACCCACUGAGGCCCAAAGAGUCGGAACAGGAGCAGGAGUGGAAGUUCAGACAGGGAGAGGUAAAAGACAGAUGGGGAGCCGGUAAGAAGAGGCAGGAAAAUCUCCCCCAAAGCAAAGCCCUAAAAUCACCAACAGAUAAAGAUUGUCCCUACCAGGCAUCUGUAGCAGGAGGUGGCAAAGAGGCUCUGCAAAUGCGUCAGAAGAGCAAACAGCUGGCCAAGAUGGAGGCCAGCCAGAAGCUGGAGCAGGUGAAGAAUGAGCAGCUCCUUCAGCAGAGGCAGCUCGCCGGGCGGCUUUCUCCAGAUGGGGGCAGCCGAAGCCCCCCGGUGAUGGGCCAGCAGCCCAUCGGCGGAGGCAACACCUCCCCCCUCCAUCCGCUGGGGUCCAGACACCAGAGCUUGGGACUGGCUGAUGACGUGUUCCUCAGACCACAAGCCCCUCCCCCCUCUGGCUUCUCUUCGCUCCCUCACUCCCCCCUCCCCUCCUCUCCCCUCCAUCAGCCGCCCUCUUCCCCUCAAAUGUUCUCCCCGCCCUCCUCUCGUCCCUCAUCACCCUGGGAACCCAACAUUAAAGUAGCAGGGCCUCCUCGCACCCCCUCCUCGCAGCAGCGUCACAACUCCCUCAACUCCUCCCCAGCCCACGAUGCCUUUGGUUCUCCUGCUCCGUCACCCGACUCCAAAACCUCUGAUGUCUCCAGGACCCUUGGACUCCACCCAGGAAUACAGCAGAGCAGGGCAUGUAUGAUGAGCCCCCCCCCUGGCUCCGACCCUUCAGCACGACACAUAGGUCUCCGAGGAGCUGAGGGGUACCAGGUGAAUUCUCAUAGCAGCAGUAGCAUUGGAGCGGUGGUUUCUGAGCUGUGUGCUCGUGGUGAUGAACUGGUGCAUGCUGGGUUGUUCAAAGCCCCCAUGCCGCCUCAUCACCAGUCUCAACUGGAAACGUGUGGUACCACAGGAGGAAGGAGGGACAUGGGCUUUGCUCUUUCCCACUCGCAGGACCCUUCCUUACCCUCCACUCCGCUGUCUGGACUGGGCUCUCCCCACCGAAGCCCCUAUUCCCAGACGCCUGGCACCCCCAGACCUGACUACAGUCAGCAGAUGACUGAACCCUUCACACAGCAGUCACCUUUGACCUCUCUGCCCUCGCCUGACUCCUACGCCAGUCCUCAGACUCCUGGUACACCACACCCUCAUUCUGAGCCCUAUCUCACCACACCGCCUGCACUUAGACUGGACCAGUACAACCAGAAAUCUACGAGCAGACGUCCGUCCCCCUCCCACCAGAACGUAGACACGUACGCUUCCAAUCCGGGAACCCCCCGGCCCUCCAUCACUGAACACUUCCCUCGAUCGCCUGGGAGUCAGCGGAGCAGCGAUCCCUACACCCUGCCUGAUGCUACCUCACAACCUUUAUUGGACCCUUAUAUCCAGCAGCCCUCGACACUGCGACCCCAGAAGGGCCCAGAGCCCUUCAGCCAGGCCCUAAAGGAGAUCCUGCCUCAACUGACAGGAUCAGGUUCCUCCCCUUUGGUUCAAGGGCUGUCUGGUGAGACCGUGACCUUUAGCCCGACACACCUCCAGAUGCAGCGGUCUCCAGGAAGACAACCACAACAACAGCAGCAGGACUUAUUUCCCACAACCCCAACCAGCCAGACCCUGAUGCACCACGGAAUGUCAGAGGACCGCAUCUUCCUGUCUGGUCAGAAUCCUGGUGAGGACCUCUUUGAGCAGAGUCACAUGACACGGACUGACAGCUCAACAACCAAUAAGAUGACCGGGGCGCCUUUAGACGGGUCAAUGAGCAUGCUGCCUCAGCUUGGUGAUUCGGAGGAGAAGCUGAGACAGCGUCAGCGUCUCCGGCAGCUCAUCCUGAGACAGCAGCAGCAGAAGAGUGCCUUACGGCAGGAGAAAGGCCUCCAGGAAGCACCUUCUGGACCCGUCCCUGGUUCUGCCCCACCACAACACUGGUCCCAGGCAGACACUUCUCCUGCUCCCCGAAUAGACCCGUUUGGACGUCCCCCACCCCCGUACCCCGCCACACUGAGGCCUCGGGGGGGAGUACCCCUGGACCAGCAGAAAGGGUUCCCCCCCAAAGAGCUUCCAGUUGGUGGACCGGCUCAAAGGUUUGGUGUUCCCCCAGUAGCUCCAGCGGGUCCCCGGGACUCCUUCUCACGACCCCACCAGGUAGCGGUGCCUAGUUCUGGGCUCGGUUUGAUGGAGGGAGUCUCUUUCCAGAUGAAGAGAUCCCCCUUUCCGGUGGAGUUUACUGGCAUCCGCCCCACUCCGCCCCACAUGAUGUCUGGUGUCCCCCAACCUUUCCUCCCCCGCUCCCUCCCCCUCCAGCAGCACAGCAUCAUGGGACAGCCUUACAUUGAGCUCCGACAUCGCACCCCGGAGAACCGCCUGAGGCUGUCCUUCUCUCUGCCGGAGGCCCCCUCACUGCCCUUCCCCAGAGACCCCCAGCUGUUUGGGGUGAGACCUGGUCCGGGGACCAGGAUGGGAGAGACAAUGGUGAUGGACCAUCUGAACCAGAAGCACUUGGUUCAUGCGGGAGGGCUUACUCAGAGUGGAGAGGCUGUCCUACAUGAGGAGCAUCUGGAAGACUCCGCUGUGAAGGACCUUGAGGACGUAGAGGUGAAGGAUCUGGUGGACCUUAACCUGAACCUGGACCCUGAAGACGGUAAGGAGGACCUGGAUCUGGGUCCCAAUGACCUCCACCUCGACGACUUCCUGCUGUCGGGGAAGUUUGACCUGAUCGCCUACGCCGACCCUGAGCUCAACCUGGAGGACAAGAAGGACAUGUUUAACGAGGAGCUGGACCUCGGGGAGCCGUUGGAGGGAGGAGCCUUUGGCUCAAGAAAGACCGAUAGCAACGCUCACCUAAUCGGCAAAGUCAAACCGGAAGUACACGACGGCCCCUCUGCUACCCAGCAACCUACAUCUCAUCCUGGGCUCGUACCCACCAGCAGACCUCCAGGAGCUCCAGUAUCCGAGGCAGCAGGCCCUGGUUCUGCUCGUCUCAAGUCCCAAGAAGAGGCUCUGUCAUCGGGUAUGGCUCCUAGGGUUCACCCCCCCUUGGCUGGAGGUCAACAGUCGCUCUUCAUGCAGCAGCAAAGACCAUUCGGACCCUCUUCCUCAGCACUCGUUACCCUCCAACCUCAGGGUCUCCCAGUUUCUGCCCACAGCAGUCUGACUCCUCAUGCUCCGCCUCGACUGGCCCAGCCUUGUCUCCUUUUCAACCCUCAUACCCAGCUUCCGCACCAGGGGACCUCCAAGCUGGCCCAGGCCAGCCUGCCCCAGAACAUGGACAUGGACCAGGACCAGCACAGGCCCCUUCUCCUCGAGGAGCAACCACUCCUCCUGCAGGAUCUCCUGGACCAGGAGCGCCAGGAGCAGCAGCAGCAGAAGCAGAUGCAGGCCAUAAUCAGACAGAGGUCCACCACAGACCCUGCGUUACCCAAUAUGACAGACUUUGACUCCAUCUCUGACCCCAUCAUGAAGGCCAAGAUGGUGGCUCUGAAGGGCAUCAACAAGGUCAUGACCCAGGGAAACCUGGGGCUUAACCCUGUGGUCAUCAACAGCUUCCCCCAGGCUCCGGGUUCCCCUAUGCCCGCGGUGGACCCAGUGGACCCGGUGGCUCCGGGUCCAGAGGGGCCUCCUCAGCUAGUGGUUCAGGAUGGGAAGAUGAACCCCCAGUUGGUGCGAACGAAGCCCCCCAGCUUUGGUCCAGGCUUUGUCAACGAGUCUCAGCGCCCUCAGUACGAGGAGUGGUUGGAGGAGACUCAGCAGCUACUACAGAUGCAGCAGCGCCUCCUGGAGGAGCAGAUCGCAGCUCUACGCAAGACCAAGAAGUCUCUGUCGGCUAAACAGAGAACAGCCAAGAAGGCGGGCCGAGCCCUGAGCGAGGAGGACUCCGCCCAGCUCUGCAGCAUCACGGAGCAACAGGGUGGGGUCCAGAAGCAGCUGGAGCAGAUCCGGAAGCAGCAGAAGGAUCAUGCCGAGCUGAUUGAGGACUACAGGACCAAGCAGCAGCAGAGACCCCCACACCUGGGGGGCCCCGCAGUGGCACGGAUCAUAGCCGCCCCCCCUGGUUGGACCCCAGGGGGCAGCGCCACCGGGUUGAUGGGUCAGACAAUACCUUCCAUCCUGUCUAAAGGGCCCCAGCCCCCCCCAGCAGUGUCCCCAGGGGGCCCCACUGGAGGAAACAAUGGAGCGGCAGGGGAUGCAGCCGCUGCCCCACCACAGGUGAAGUUUGAUGAUAACAACCCGUUCAGUGAGGGUUUCCUGGAGAGGGAGAGGAGGGAGAAGCUGAGGGAGCAGCAGGAGAGGCAGAGAGCUCAGCUCAUGCAGGAGGUGGAGCGUCAUCGCUCCCUGAAGCAAAGAAUGGAGCUGGAGCAACAAGGCCUCUUGGGAGCCUCCAUGGAUCCCUGGGAGCUGGGAGUACCAGCCCGCUCCCCCCAUCUGGAAC